AUGUCUCCAUCUUCCUUCUACUCCCUCACCGACUCUUCUCCAGCUCCCCCCUCCAGCUCCGACCACUCGCACCACUCGGACAGUAAGCCCUCCAUUCGCAUCACUGAGAGCUCUCGCGGCGCUCCCAGAUUGUCCUUCAUUCACGGAGGCGAAAGUCUCCUAGGUCCCCCUCUGCCCUUCGUACCGCGAGAAGUCACACCCUGCGUCGAGGACUCUGCUUCGACAGUCACAGGUAACGAGGGACGACACGACGCUUCGCCAUCCCCCUCCCCGACUUCGCGCAAACGCCGGCUCGCCGCACUUCGCAGCCUCGUCUCCAACCUCGACUUUGCGCAAUCGUGGAGCGUCAUUGAGCAGACUGAGCAGGCCAACGACGAGCUAUUUUGGCCAUCGUCCGAAAGCUCUCCGCCUCCCCAGCUCAACCGCCUCUCGCUUGGAAGCUCGUUUGACGCCGAGGAGGUGUCCAUCCUCGCACGCGAGAGCGUCGUCUCAUUACCGCCUAUCGACGCCACAGACAAGCGCCACUCGGGCACCUGGCCGCGAUCUCGCCGUUACAGCCGAUCCAUGGCAGCGCUUGUAGACAGCCUUCCUCGCGAAAAUGCCAAGGCGCACAAGUCGCGCCGCAGCAUCAUUGCGCCCGAGCGUCCAGUCAUCCCCCCACGCACCUCGUCGCGCCCUGUUCAUGCGCCCACGGACUUUGAAAACGACAAGAAGCCUACUCUUCGGCUAGACCUCGCCGACAGCCCUCGCCCCACUUCUCUACGCCGUAAUGGUUCAACUCUGCGCAAGUCGACCUCUCAACGUCCCAUGGGUACUCCCUGCGAGCCUCCACGGCCUCGGCAGCGCAAGGAGUCGUUCGGCGUCGUCUACUCUGGCUACAGCAAGUCGCUGCGCCCCACCACCCCGCGGCCUCGCGACAGCCCGACGUCAUGGCGCCAGUCGCUCCCCAACGACCACAUCUACGAUCAGGUGGCGGGAGGGCCUGACGGCGCCAUGGAGAUCAAGCGUCAAGAGAUCAUGUGGGAGAUGAGCGAGACAGAAGCCACCUUUGUCCGCUCCUGUCGGGACGUGAUUCGCCUGUUUGCGUCCCCGCUUCGCGAGGCCCAGGGCGACUGGAUGAAGGGUCUCCCUGCCGGCGUGUGCGAGCUCUUUGAGGCGCUCGAAGCAAUCCACUCUACGCACGCAGACAUUUCAAACGCUCAGCAGAUCGCGCGCCGCAAAUCCGACGUGAUCGAGAUUGCGCCGUUCAUCGACCAGUUCGAGUCGUGGGUCCCCCGGCUAGCUGUGCACGAGCGGUACAUCAUGCUUUUCAACACGGUUGUCGCUCAUAUCGAGGAGGCGGCCCGUGACCACACUAGCAUUUUCGGCGAGUUUCUUCGCCUCCAGACUCGCGACAAGGCUCUUGGAUCGCUUUCGCUGGGUAGCAUGCUUCUCAAGCCAGUGCAGCGCAUCACCAAGUAUACGCUGUUCCUGAAGCGUCUUCUGAAUGCCACCCCAGCGACGCACAAGUCCCACAGGGCUCUGGUGGAGCUCAUCGCCUUGACCGAGUCGAUCAUCGGUCGCCUGGAAGCCUGCAAGGCCCGUGAGGAUGACUUCCUCCAGCUCAUUUCUCUGGAGGAGCGCCUCGAUGACCUUCCGGGCAACUUUGACCUCGCUAUCCGCGGGCGCAGGUUGCUCGCCCACGCCCAGGUCAUUCGCGUCAGCGGGGAGUCAGUCGGGCCGACCACGGGUCUGCCACGGUCGGUCAGCGUUCGCUCUCUCAAGGCGACAAUGGCGUCCGUCCCAAGCUUCUCGUCCAUCAAGCUGUCCCAGCCCUCCUCGCGUCCGCCGUCUCGCGCACCCUCCCGCGCACCGUCUCGCGCACCCUCCCGCGGUGCGUCCACGGACAGCGAGCUUCCUCCCCACCACCCGAGGGGCCUUACAACCUCGCCUUCCUCAGGCACCUCGUCAGUCAACUCGAUCGGGGGCGCUGCUACGCCUGCUCGUCACGACCGCUCGCUGUCCCGCAGCCCCUCGUACUCGUCCUCGCUCGCCGAGUCUUCGCGCCCGAGCAUGAACAUUAAGCUGAACUCGUUCCGCAAGACUCGCCGUGACGAGAACCUCACCAUGCUCAUCUUCAACGACAUGAUUGCCCUGGCCGCGCCCGUGCCGGACAAGAACAUUUUCAAGUCGCGCAAGGCCGCCGACGCUGCGCACCUGCGCAUUCUGUCUGUGUUCGACGGCGGUCUCGGGACAGUCGAAGAGCUCCGCGAGCUCGAGCCGUCGCCAGGCAACCCGCGGACGAUCGCGCUCACCAUCCGGGCGCCGGGAGGCAACUUCUGCACCGCGACAUACUCAGUCGCCCCGCAGACAGGCCUGUCUCGGCGUGCGCAGCGCACCGCCGCGCUGCCUGGACGCGGCCUCGAGACACUGCACCAGCUGGUGGAGGUCAUCCAGACGAUGCGGUCGGCUGGCCUGAAGGAGGACGAGGUGUAA